ACUCACUCCAGCGCUUACAUUUCUCACGAGCGCGUCUCCUGCUCUUAUUGCGCCGCAUCAGACGCUGCAGUUAACGCAUCUCAUUCUAGGUACAGGCAAACAAAGGCCAGAAAAACAGUGACACUUUACCCAAAGAUACGCGUGAGACUAGAUCGCCUACGCGUUCCAGAUCUUUUCUGCGUGUCUCGCGCUCGGACGCUCCAGACGCGAGCGCGCGUUUUUGCACUGCCUUCGCGCAUCCAGGAGUCUUAAAUCUGGCGGCGAGGACCCGGAGAUGAGCCUGCUGUGGUGGGGGUUCGGUUGGGUUCCGGUGCUGCUCGCGCUUUGGAGGCCCGGAGCCGCUUGCCCCGAGCUCUGCACGUGCAGUGGCGUGCGGAUCUCCUGCGUGGACUUGGAGCGUAGUAUCAAGGCUUUUCCCAUGCUGCAAUCCGAGGCAGAGAUGGAGAACAUCACGGACAUAUACAUUGCAAAUCAAAGCAAUUUUACUUCUAUUAAUGAAAAGGAUCUCAUCUUAUACCACAACCUGAGAAACCUAACAGUAACAAACACAAGGCUCACAUAUAUUUACCGGGAGGCCUUUGAGAACAACCAGAAACUUCAGUAUCUAAAUCUCAAGGAAAACAAUCUGUCAUAUCUGUCGUGGAGGACUUUUCGGCAUUUAAACAUCUCAUAUCUAUUGCUAGCAGGUAACCCUUUGCAAUGCUCAUGUGAAAAUGUCUGGUUAAAGCAGUGGAGAGGAGAGGAGGCGGAAGAGCUGCUGUGUGUUCUGGAGGGAGGGAAUAGGAGAUCCCUUUCCACGCUUACACUGCCCAACUGUGUUCUCCCCACUGUGAGUCUCAGACCCUCUAAGAUCACCAUGUUGGAAGAGUUAAAUGUGACGCUGACAUGCAAUACAUCAGGAACGCCCACACCCAGUCUGAACUGGAACACCUGCAAACUAAAUUCCCGAUACGAGCUCAAACGCUCGGGUCAGAUGUCAGAGCUGAAGCUCCUGGAUGUCUCUUUCCUGGACAAUGGAUGCAAAAUAGCCUGCACAUCUGAUAACAUGGUGGGAGAGUCUGAGGCCUCUCUGCAUCUGGACAUACUGUUUCCUCCUGUAAUUAGAAAGCUGAUGGAUGCUAUCUCAGACCACCACUGGUGCAUUCCCUUCAGUGUGUCGGGCAACCCAGAGCCGAAACUUAGCUGGUUGUUAAAUGGUCAACCAGUGGACGAGGGACGCUUCAUUCGAACCAUGAUCCACGAUUACUCAGAAGGCGAAUACCAUGGUUGCUUACAGCUGGACAGCCCAACGCACAUCAACAAUGGACAAUACACACUGCUGGCUAGUAAUGUGUACGGAGAGGACAGCAAGGACAUUUUUGCUCAUUUCAUGCAUGAGCCGUGGAAUGAAUCGGUUACUGAUCCAGUGUAUUACGAUCCCACAACAGAUGACACUCCUCUUGGACAACCUAAGGAUAAAGUUGCUGUGUAUGUGGUCGUGGGAAUCGCUGCGGUCACAUUCACAGGCUUCAUCUUGAUGCUUGUCAUUCUGAAGUUUGGACGCAACUCAAAAUUUGGAAUCAAAGGUCCGUCCUCAGUCAUCAGUAAUGAUGAUGACUCUGCCAGCCCUCUUCAUCACGUGUCCAACGGAUCAAACACACCUUCGUCCUCUGACAUAAAUGCAGAAGCCGUCAUCAUCGGCAUGACCAAGAUACCCGUCAUAGAGAACCCACAGUACUUCCGCAGCACCAGCGGCCUUCUCAAAUCUGACACCUUUGUUCAACACAUUAAGAGACACAACAUUGUGCUGAAGAGAGAACUUGGUGAAGGAGCUUUCGGAAAAGUCUUCUUGGCAGAAUGCUACAACCUGUCGACAGACCAGGAGAACAUUUUAGUUGCUGUGAAGACUUUGAAGGAGGCCAGUGAGAAUGCCAGGAAGGACUUUCAUCGUGAAGCCGAGCUGUUGACUAACCUUCAACACGAGCACAUUGUCACGUUCUAUGGUGUGUGUGUGGAGUGCAACCCCCUUAUUAUGGUAUUCGAGUACAUGAAGCACGGCGAUCUCAAUAAGUUCCUCAGGGCUCAUGGACCUGAUGCUGUCCUGAUGGCUGAUGGACAGAUCCAGCAACAGGCAGAGCUCACGCAGUCUCAGAUGCUCCAUAUUGCGCAGCAGAUCGCAGCGGGCAUGGUAUAUUUGGCCUCCCAGCACUUCGUUCACAGAGACCUGGCCACACGAAACUGCCUUGUCGGAGAAAACCUCCUGGUAAAGAUUGGGGACUUUGGAAUGUCCCGAGAUGUUUACAGCACAGAUUACUAUCGGGUUGGAGGUCACACCAUGCUGCCAAUUCGUUGGAUGCCACCAGAAAGUAUAAUGUACAGGAAGUUCACCACAGAGAGUGACGUCUGGAGUCUGGGAGUGGUGCUGUGGGAAAUCUUUACCUAUGGGAAACAGCCCUGGUACCAGCUUUCAAAUAAUGAGGUUAUUGAGUGUAUCACCCAAGGACGUGUACUGCAGCGACCCCGAACCUGUCUUAAGGAGGUGUAUGACUUGAUGCUAGGAUGUUGGCUGAGAGAGCCACACACCCGGCUCAACAUCAAAGAGAUCCACAACCUGCUUCUCAACCUGGCAAAGGCAUCACCUGUGUACCUGGACAUCCUAGGAUAAGAGAGCACGCGUUAUAUAUGUGGGACUGCACAUGGAUACCUAAACCUGCCCUCCUCUUGCUUAUCCAUCCCAUCAUUCUUUUCUUCUCCAGCUUUAAGACUUUGUUUUUUCUUUUCCGUACCCAACACCUGUCUUCACAAUGUAAAUGUCUAGAUAGAUCAGCAACAGGAUCUUGUCUGUUUACAUUAUGACUACGUAUUAUUUAUUUCCGAACAAAAAACGCAGGAAUGACAAUGCGCACUGACAACGGUUUAUGCGCACCAAGAACAAAAUUUCACACAGGUUGACCUUCCUCAACUUCUGGACCAAGUGAACUCAACUGCAUACUCAGUCAUUACAUUGGUCGAACAAGCGAAUCGAAUUUCGACACUGGAUUUAAUGUCCAACAUUCAGGAGCAUAAUGAGAGGGAAAAAACAGCUUUUUUUCUGCCCACUGGAAUCUUGUCAGCACACAGCUAUUGUAUUUCUUGUACAAUAUCAUAUAAAUGUCAUGUAGUACAAGGCAAAGGUUUGGACACAUCAACUCUUCAUUCGCAAGUCAUUUCCAUAUUUUAGGAUAAAGGACUUUAAAACUAUCAAAUAACACAAAUGUAAUUAUUGUAAUUAUUAUAGUAACAUGUCAAAUCAAAAUUUCAGUCUUAAUGUAUAUCUGUGUUCUUCAUUCUGGGAAUGUAGGCAUAGUUUAUUGCUUUUUAUUUAUAGAUAUUUAUUUAUUUGCGAACAAGUCUUUGGAUGAAAAGACGUUUUAAGAUAAAGAGAAAGUGUGUCCAAACCUUUGACAGGUAGUGUACAUCUGAUUCUGAACAUCAUGAUAGUCAUUGGCAAAUCGCGAGUGCUGUAUACAGUAUAUAUUCAUAUGACGUAUGUGUUGCUAAAUCUGGGUGUUUAAUUGUAAGCUUUUGGACUCUGACCAAGCAAAUCUGAAAUGACAGAGUGACCCACUAAAAUGUAAAAAUUUCUGUUCUGCUCUCAACACUACAUGCACCAUAGAGGGCUAAAUGGAGUCAUUUGAAAAAAGGCCAAACCUCAAUACUGUCAGUGUGCAUUUACUACAGGAGCUUAAUUAGGUAGAGUGGCCGAUUAUGGCGAGGGCUGAGUUACAGCCUCUUUCCGUCUUUCUCAUUCGCCGUGUUUUACUACUAAGUUGAAGCUCUAAUGUAGUACUCAAGCUUUGGGUCACACAACUGCUAUGGUGUAAUAUAUAUUUCAUAACAGGACAAAUGCCUACUAUUAGCACCAACUCCCUAUAGACUCAUAUAGACUGUCAGAUGAGGGAAGGGAAAAGAGAGAGAAAGAGACGGCGAGAAAGAGAUGUAAAUGCGUAAGCUACAUUCAUUUUCGUUUUAUUGUAUUUAAAACACAGAAUCAGCUUUAUCACUACUGAGGCUUUAUCCAGACGUCCUUUUGUUUGCAUUGAUAUGUAUUAUUUAACUGUCAAUCUUCACUCCUAUGUGAAACUUUGCACACUGCAUUCAAUGCCACAAUGAAUCGACCAAAUUUCGAAGCUGGCUAAAAAUGUUCACAAAUGCAAACUGUGGCUCAUCAGUUUUAUUUCAAGUCAAGUCAACUUUAUUUAUAUAGCACUUCUUCCAAUUUUCAUUGUUACAAAGCCGCUGUAUAUGAAACAUUAACUUUUAAUUGUAAUUUUAGGUUUGAUUAUUUAUAAAGAAGGAUUUUAUUUUGUAGUUCAGGUGUUUGACUUGACUAUUUUAUUUAUAUAAAAUGAAUUACUGAUGUUAUUUUUAUAUUUGGUUGGGGUUGAAUGUAGAUUUUUCUUGGGUAGAGUGUUCUUAAUUGGGAAGAAUUGAUAAAAAAGUCUGUUAUGUAUUGAUUUUAUGGUUUAAUCUCACAAACAUAAAACCACUUAUGACCUGCAUAAUUUAGCAAAAAAUCUAUCAAUCGACCAACAAACAAAAUCAAGCCAACCAGCAAACAAACAAAUCACAUUUCUAUGGAAAUACAUUUUUUUGCAUCGUGAUUUUUCUUGUAUUGUGACAUUGUAUUCAUGACAAUUAAGCACAUUUUCUUCCCAAAUUCCAACUGUAAUGCUAACCUGGAUGUUGUACUUUCAAGUUUGUUUGUUUUUUUGCAGGUAUGCAAAUUUUCAUUAUGCAGAUUGUCAUUACUCCUGUACAGUAUUUCUUAGUAAAACAAUAACUACAACUUUUCACACUACAGUAAUAAUAAUUUGUGCUUAUUUGUCAUAGAAAUAAUGUUGUAAUAAAAAAUCCCUAUGAUCCUAAAAAUAGGCUUUAAAAAAAUAUAUUUUCUUAUUUCUAUUGUUUUGGGGGUGAUAUGCUGGGAACGUACCAAAAUUCAUUUGAACAAAGUAGAUACAGAUUUGGAGGAGUUCUCGGGUGGUUUGGGAUAGCUUACACAAAUAUCCACAAGCGUCCUGUGACGGAACAAUGAACUGUGACUGCAUACUUGACAAGCUCUUUUAAACAAAUGUACAGAACCUCUUCUGGUAUUUCAGAAUGCUUAUAAGCUAAAUUACUGUCCAUCUGCAGGUAUCUACAGAAUUUAAUUCAGUGUUCUUAAGAGACCCCUUUCCUUCUCUUAAUACAUUUUCUGACAGCUGGGAAAGGUGUUCUUGACACAGUCCGGAAAAAAAGCUAAAUUGAAUUACAAUAAAGUAUCAAAUAGUGUGUGAUUUCUUUUAUGGAGCUAUACAGUUAUCCUCUCGUCUACAAACGUACAAUCAAACAUUCUUGUCUGUAUGGUUUCUAUAUCUAUACAGUGACAUUCUCUGAAAAAUGAGGAUGAGUCAGAUGUCCUACAUUGUAUUUAAUAAAAGUAUAAUGUCUU